AAAACUGGGAAGAAGCAAUAAUUGAAGCAUUUGAAUGGUAUCCAGUGCAGGAUAUCAUUAGACAUUUACAUGAAUUACGACGUUUCAUUAUACGUACUCAAGGCGCAUUUGCAAUCACUUAUCUUCCAAAACUGAUAGGUAAUGAAGACACGAAUGGAAUGUAUACUUUACCUGCUUCAAAAAUAAGACGAUUUCCAGCAAAACAAGAAUAUCUCUGUGAAGCUAUCGGUGAAUGGGGUAUCAUUAAAGAUAAAUUAGAACUGGUGGCCGAUGUGCUCUGUCAUCCCAAUCGUAUCAAUAGAAACUAUCCUAAAUUUGACACACAAGGUGAAGCAGAAGAAUAUGCGUUUGAGCUGGUCAACCAGUUACUUCAAAAGAUCGAAAAUAGAAAAGAUGUUGUCAACCAAAGUAUAUUUGAAGAAAGGUAUGGACUAAAAUGGAUAGAAGAAGACCAAGUUCAGGAAGAUAGAGAGGAACAAACGUUGGUGGUUCUAGAGGAUGGGCAGCGUUCUACAGAUCGAGAAGAUCAUGAUAAACAAACCAGUAGUAAUGGUGUACCUAAUAUUGCUGAAAACAGCCUGUAAAAAUCACAAAAUAAAAUAGCUAAAUAUCUACUAUUCAAGUGUGUG